UUGCCUACUUGCCACUUGCCUACUUGCCACGUACCUAACUAAAGGGCUUCAUUGAGUUUCGGUUCAGUUUACCCUCAGACAUCUUGCUUGACGGAGGAUUCGUCUGUUACAAGCGAAACUAGGGCCAAGCACUCGCUCUCGUCGAGGUUCUCUUUGUCGGAGGCUUUUUACCCAGGUGGCUGGCAACAUGGAGCUGGAGGAGUUGACUGACGAAGAACAGAUCAUCGGCUUGACAGGAGAGGACAGGCCCAAUGGCAUCCCCAUUGCAAGCACAAAGAUGGUGAAGAUCGUCGCCAGCUCCAAGACAUCAUUGGAUGGCAGCAGCACCGACCCGAUGUGUGCUAGCAGCCUUGUCAAGAAUGUUUCUAUUGCCAACCAGUCAUGGGAACAAAACUUCUACGAUGGAGUCCUUGUGGCGUCCAAUGACCGUUACUUUGCAUAUGCUGUCAGGGGCAAGAAUGGCUAUAUGGUGAGGGUUAUCAACCAGCGCACCUCCACCCGUACUCUACUCAAGGGUCUUCUGGCGCCUGUAGCCGACGUGGCGUUUGCACACGCCUCCAGCAACUUGAUUGGCUGUGUGGACAGCGGCGGCAACCUGUUUAUAUGGGAGCUGUCCGAUGCGGAGGAUGACAUCCAGUCCUCGGUGUGUUUGAUUGUACACAGCAAGAAGGAGCCGAAUCCAGAUGAGGUGCACCGCCUGGUGUGGUCUCCGCAUGUGCCCAUACCGGGCAACAAGCCUGUUGUCGUUGACGACAGCGAUGACGAUGAUGAUGGCACGCACACUUUUCUCGGUGUUGUCCAUGGCUGUACGGCGGUGGUGUAUGAUGUUGAAGUUGCCCGUUCUGCACAAAUCGGAGACACCCCCUUGGCACAGGAGACCAUUCUUGCUGGUAUUACUGUUGUGGACACCGCUCAUGAGCAGAAUAUCUACGACCUCAGUCUGUCUCCAGAUGCCGCUGUUCUCGCGUCCUGCGGAGGUGAUGGCCUUGUCCGGUUCUGGCAGGUUGACCAAGCAACGUUGAAGACUAGCCCGCAUUGCCUACACACAUGGUCUCCACACGACGGUGCACGAGUCUCUAGUAUCAUCUUCUGUGAUGACCGAGUCAGCCAUAACCCUGAUCGCACGUUCUGGCGCUUCGUGGUGACAGCUGCUGAGUCCAACCGCGUGCUCAAGAUCUGGUGUACUGUGAAGUGGGAAUGCUUACAAACCAUCAGCUUUGAACCGGAGUCGAGUGCCAAUGCUGGCGGCAGCAUCUUUGGUGCCACUGAGCCACGUCUCCAGUUGGCAAUGGAUUCUUCUGCAUCGUUCUUUGUUUUAAGUGACAUCACUCGCAAGGUGUUGUAUGUUCUUCACCUGGCACAAGAUGGUGUGAAUGGCCGUGCACAGUUCAUCUCAGUUGCAGAGUUUGUGCUCUCUCAGCCAGUGCUCAGCUUCUCUGUUGUUGAUGUCAUCCUAGACACUGGCACUCCCCCACCGCAGCGGGUUGGUUCCACCGACCAGCGGAGAGUGCGUGAAAUCCUGCGCCUCUGCUGUUUACAGCCGAAAGAGGUUCAGGAAUUGAAUGUCCACCUCUCAUUGCAGCAAAAAGAUAGUUCUGGGGCACUGGCUACCAGCUCUGCCACUGUGACCGCCAGCUCCGCUAAUUCCUGCACUGAGGGUGACCUGUUGUCAAGGAUGGCUAGUGAUCCAGCCAGUACCCUGGAUGCUGGUGAUUCAUCUCUUGAUCAUAGCAGAUUGGACCGCUCCAGCUUACUCUUUGCAUCGCCAACAAGCACACCCUUUGCAACGGGCAUUGACUCUGGCGAUCCUGCUCCUGAGGAAACCACAGACAACCAGAGUAUGGACACUUCUCUUGCUUCCAAUGACAAUGGCUCUUCCAUAGUGAAGCCAGUGCCAGGCGAGCCUCUCUCCCCAGUAACAUCAUCGCCAAUGUUGAAUAGAAAACCAGACCAGGCCGAACUGCUCACUCCAGCUGCGUUUGCGACCAGCACUGGUGAAAGCUCGUCGUUGCCGCUCAUCGGGACAUCGACCAAUGAUGAGCGCAACUCCUCGACGCCUACUAUCACAGGUGCUGGUCCUGGCAGUGGUGAAGCAGCCUCUCCAUUGCUGUCAUCAUCUGCACUGUUACUCCAGAGUAGCAUGGAUGGCAGUAGUAGCAGUUUGAACUCGUUACUUCACGCUGCUGGUAGCACUGCUAAUGCUAGCGUCAGUUCACCGCUCUCCGGUGCCGCACAUUCACCACUGUCCGCUUCAGCGCAGCUGCCGGCAAUGGCUUCUGCCCUACCACCGCACUCGUCCGCGCCUGCUCCAGCUGCUACUGCAGCGUCGCCGCAAUCCGCACAGCUACUGGCCGAUCUGCAGCUGGGUGGCAGUGGCGGCGGCAGUCUGCCCCUGCGUCCUCUGAAUCCCCUGGGUGCCCUCGGUGGUGCUCUGCCUCUGCUUGGUGGUGGCGGUGGCGGAGCAGGAGCAGCAGGCAUGGGUAGUGCCAUGCCCUUAUCGUCCGCACUCCUCGACUCGAUGUCACUCAACAGCUUGGCUGCAGCCCCGGAUGCCCUGACAUCAUCAAGCCUUCUGCCUGGAGGCACCAGCUCCACUGCCUCGAUUCUUGCUGGGCAGCCAUCUCUUGGAGAAGCAGCUGCUCCCAAGUCUGGGGAAGCUAUAGAAUCAACAUUGGAUGCGUCACGCUCUAGCACAUUGGAGCAUUUGCUGACAACAGCCGCGGGCCUCGAAGUAGACUCUUUGACUGCCAGUGCAGGUGAUUUGAGCGGCGAAGACGUAAUUGUGGUAGAGGAAGAGGUUGUGAGCGAUGCUGAAGAGGAUAGUGAUGUUGAGCCAUCACCAGCUGCCUCCCAGCAUGUAGCAGCACCACUUGACGUCCAUAGUAGCGGGAGUGUUUCUCCUACGGCUCCCAAGUCCCCCGGGGAGCGUGACCUAGAGGCUGAGCUUAAUAAAGUUCUGCAGCGCACAAAGGCUGCUCAAGCCGAAUACAUCGCCCGCCUGGAAUCACCAGUGACUCCAGCAGCAGUUGCAGCAGCAGCAGUUCCCCCUGACCCUAGCUCACUUCCACUUUCAUCCAGACUGAGUGCUGUCCAUGGGAACAGUCCAGAACUUUCCUCGGCCCAACAGCAGCAGCUGUCACAGGAGCAAAGAAGUGUGCAGGCUGCCGACCCUUAUCCAAACGUUGCUGGAGCUGACAAUGUCUAUACUGGUAAGGCAGCACCAGUUGACAGUGGCAAUGACGACAACGAAACCUCACACACGCCAAGCCACCGACGCCGACGUGCGCGUGCACGCCGUGCUAAGCAGCUGUCGCCACCCUCCGCCGCCUCCAGUGCCAGUGCCAACAUUGCAGAUACCGCAGCAGCAGCAGCGGCGGCCUCACAGGAUGGCUCUGAUGGUGAUGAGCUUGCACCAUCUAGAACAGCAUCGAUCUCCGACGAGAUGGCCUCCAACCAGACGGAGCUGCUCCGCUUGGUUCGCAUUCAGCAGGACUCCAUCGCCGCCCUCGGUGACCAGCUGAAGGAGCAGGAGAUCCGGUACGCCAGGCAGGCGGAUGCUAUGCAGCGUCUGGAGAGCGCGGUGGUCGCGCGCGCCAAAGAAGAUGAAGCCAAGUGGUCUCAGAUGCAGAAAGAGCGGCAAUCGGAAAAGCAGCGGCAGCAGUCUUCAGCCACUCAACUUCCCAGCACUGUUGCCACAGCAGUGCAGCAGAAGUUUGAGAAGGGGCUAAAGACUGAACUGAAGUCGUCUAUCCUUCCCGCUAUGGAGCGGCAAAUGUCCGCGCUGCCGAAACAGACAAAGGAUGUACUGUUGUCAGGUCUGGACGCCGCCUUCACCGAUUCUCUGAGCCGUGCAGUCAAGAGCAAGGCGGUCACCGAUGCCUUGGGCAGCAGCGUGGUAAGUGAUUGUGUGCCACAUGUGCAGCAGGCACUGCGAAGCUCGUUUGACAGCUGCGUCAUCCCUGCCGUCCAGGGUUCAGUGAGCCAAAUGUUCAAUCAGCUGGACCUCUCUAUGAAGACGUGUGCGCAGGACUAUGUGCAGCAAGUUCAGGCUGUUGUACAAAGGUCAAUUCGCGGCACUGAAGAAUCAUCCAGCAAGGUGUUCCAGGUUAUGGCCAAGUGUGAGAAUACCAUUGAUCAACAGUUACACAGUUUUGUCGGCACAGCAAAUAGUCUUUCUUCACAGAUGAGCAGUAGCGUGAAGCAAACAAUCGAAGAACAGGUCGCCAAGUCAAUGGAUAGCAUGCGCGAUGCACUGCUACACAUUGUCAAGCAAGAAAUCGGUGCCAUGCUGCAAACACACUCCGGCAAUAUGCAGCAGACGAUGAGUCAGAUGAUCGGCCCCAUGAUCAACACCCAGGUGUCGCGCAGUCUGGCCGAUCAGACCACUCUAGUCGUGCAGCAGGUCACGGCUCGCCUGCUGCAGCACGAGUCUCAGCAGUCUCAGCUGACCACCGCUAUUCAACACAGCAUUGCGGAACUGACCGAGGUGGUCAAGGCCGGUCAGGCGCAAACAGAGCGCCUUGCAGCCGCCGCCACCGCCGCCGUCGCUGCUGCUGGCACUUCGCCGAAGCCCGAGGCUGCAAAUGGAACUCAGGUUCAGGCGCCUGAGGUACUUCUGCAGCAGCUCGUUGAUAAAGGCGAUUAUCAACAAGCAUUCAUGGAUGCUUUGUCAGCGUCAAAUAUUGGCACCGUGGUGUACCUGUGCAAGCUGCUUCCUGUCGAGACAAUCUUCCCAGCAAAUGGACAGUGUCAUCUCAGCCAGCAGAUUCUACUGUCACUCAUCCAGCAGCUGUCUAGUGACCUUGGCAGUGAUAUUCACAUCAAGCUCAACUAUCUCAGUUACGCCGUAUCCGUGCUGGACAGUACCCAGUCCAUUACCAGCAAGUACGGCCCUCGCGUCAUGCAGAGCCUGUGCCAGUGCAUUGACGUCAUUGCACCGUCCUAUCCAGAACUGCAGAUGCAGUUCAAUCUGCUCAAGACUGCCAGCAGAACCAUCAAGUAGGUUCAGCUCCUAAACCAUCAAGGAGGCUCAGCUCCUGAACCAUCAAGGAGGCUCAGCUCCUGACGACCUGCAGCUAAUAGGCCCAUCCAAUCGGCUCCUGUCCAACUUUUUCGUUACUUUCUAUAUUGCAGCCCACCGACGCAGCCUGUUUGCAGAGAUCGUUUUGACAUCCAUUUUUUGUUUGUUUCCAUACCUAUUUUGUGUGCCUCCGUAUUCCAGGGUGUUUUACUGUUUUGGGCCAUGAUCAGAUUCAUAUGCUGAGUCUUCACACGUGUGCUUAGUCCAUAUCUAUAUGCGUGUGUCUGCAUUUGUUCUCGUACCCUUGAGGUGCCCCCCCCCCCCCCCCCUACCAAACACCCCACCACCACCCACUAUGUUUCCAUAUCUCUUGUAGGGUGCGUAGCGUGUGUCAUGAAAUCUCUCUUUAAAAAAAUAAUUUACUUGUUUCAUCUCCAAAAUGUCGUUUCCGUUUCGCUUUUUUUUUAGCUUCAUGCAAACUUCACAAAAAUACAUGCAUGCACUUAGCAGCCAUCGCUGUGCUGUUGGUAACUGCUUUGUGCUUUUGGUAACUUUUGGUAACUAGCUGCUGUUUGAAGGAAUAUAAAAUAAACGUUAACUGUUG